AGCGGGAUGUCAUGCGGUCCCGUUGGCGCGGCGGUAAACAAACAGCGGCAGCAUGGGGGACGAGGCGCCGCAGCCCGCUAAAAGGCCGCAGUUCGGGACCAGGUUUUUGAGUAGCAAGAAAAAUGUAUUCGAGCACAAUGCGUGAGGUGCAUCACCUCAGUAGCCUGCUGAAUCAGGUAGUGCGCAGGCAGCUUGGGUGUGUGGCUGUACGCUUGUUCUGUGAUGAAACCAAAUACCGAAAGAGGCCACAGGGAGGGGGGAGAGAACUGAAGGACUGGAAGAUGGUGUUUGUUCAUAACAACUGGGAUAAUGUUGUCUGGGAUGAGACACAAGAAGAAGAAGCUAAGGCAAAGGUACAAGAAAACUCGGAAAUUUUACUGACAACUGAAGAAAUAUCAAAGCUUGAACAAGAGGCCUCUAGUCAGUGGGAUGGUUUCUAUGGCAUCCACCAAAACAGAUUCUUCAAGGAUCGGAACUGGCUCUUUACGGAGUUCCCCGAGUUAGCGCCUCACCUGGCUCACACCUUCCCUCAGAAGCAAAACCCGGGUGAUGCAGUGCUCCCCCCCAACACACACCACGCGGACGCUGUACAGGGAGGUGCUGGGAACCCAACACUGGAACACAAGGAAGAAGAAAGAAGAGAGUCAUCCCCACCACCAGAGUGCCAACCAUUUGAUUCCACCAGCACAAGCAGCCCAAAUGACCACACUGCUGCUUCUUGUAGUGCUAGUGAACCUCCAGACAAUUGUACUCAAGGGAAUAGUGAAGAGGGUACAUUCCCAGGCAAAGAUGCAACAUUUCGUAUCCUUGAGGUUGGGUGUGGUGUUGGUAAUACUGUGUUUCCCAUACUCAAGACAAACAACAAGGAAGGCCUCUUUGUGUACUGCUGUGACUUUUCAAGCACUGCCGUAGACAUUGUGAAAGAAUCUCCAGAUUAUGACACUAAGAGGUGUCAUGCCUUUGUGUGUGACAUCUCUAGUGAGGACUGGGUGACACCUUUCCCCAAAGGCAGCCUUGACAUCAUCGUGUGCAUCUUUGUGCUCUCAGCUCUUCAUCCUGACAAGUACCCACAGGUGGUCAGCAAGAUGGUGGAGUACCUGCGGCCGGGUGGCUUGAUACUCUACCGAGACUACGGCCGCUACGACUUGGCUCAGCUCAGGUUCAAGAAGGGACGCUGCCUUGAUGAUAACUUCUAUGUGCGAGGAGAUGGCACAAGGUGUUACUUCAUCACUCAAGAGGAGGUGAGGGAGCUGAUGACGGGCGCUGGCAUGGAGGAGGUGCAGAACCUGGUGGACCGGCGACUGCAGGUCAACCGGGGGAAGCAGCUCACCAUGUACCGGGUGUGGGUGCAGGCCAAGUACCGCAAGCCCCUGCCCCCCAGCACCGAGGACACAUAGAGCGCUGUAAGGUGAUGCAGGGACGGUGCUUCUUAAGGAUAUUCGGGCACUUUUAGCAUAACUGAUGUUCACAUUUUUUUAAUACAUCUUUUGGAGUGUUUUAUGGGGUUAGUUAGGCUGUGGGGCCACAGCCUCCAGAGCCCCAUCAGCGGUAGAUGCUAUCAGGUGGUUUAAGCUUGUCAUUCUGUCACCAAAGUGGGCGUCAGAUCCUGUCAAGUUGCCCCAACUUCUGCAGGAAGGUUUGCUUGGAAGGCUGUGUUGGGGCUGAGGGUGUUGCUGCCCAGCAGGUCCUCUAGGGUUGGCCUGUGAAUGUGGAGUCUGGUUAGGGAUGCUCUGAGGUUGGUGUGGAGGGAGUGGAAUCUUGGGCAGUGGAGGAGGAGGUGUUCUGGUGUGUCGGGUUGUGUGGGGCACCAUGGGCAGUGUGGGUCCUGGACUAUGUUCAGUCUGUGCAGGUGGGCAUUGAGGCAGGUGUGGCCAAUCCUCAGGUGGAUGAUGGCUGUGUCCAGGGGACGACUAGGGGAGUAGGUCCGCCGGUGCUGGGCAAGGGAGUGUCUAUACCGUCCGAGGGUGAUCUGUCUGAGGUCGGCUGUUAUACUGUUUUUUUCAAUACAAAUUUUGCCUUCCCAUC